CAGUGAAUAUUGAGCAAGCACAUUCGGGGGUUUGCGAAAGGGGUUUUAAGAAAGCCAACCACAACACACAUUUCUUCUUCUUACGCUCUGCUCAACAUCAAACUAUGGAGGGUGCAUCAUACGCACGCAUGCCUCGUGUCAAAAUCCGCGAGCUUAAAGAUGAUUACAUGAAAUUCGAACUUCGCGACACCGACGCUAGCGUGGCCAACGCGCUUCGGCGCGUGAUGAUAUCAGAAGUUCCCACCAUCGCCAUAGACCUAGUUGAAAUCGAGGUAAACUCCUCCGUCCUCAAUGACGAGUUCAUUGCUCACAGACUCGGUCUCAUUCCUCUUACAAGUGAACGUGCUAUGGCCAUGCGUUUCUCACGUGACUGUGACGCUUGUGAUGGUGAUGGACAGUGUGAGUAUUGUUCCGUUGAAUUUCAUCUUAGGGUUAAGUGUAUUACUGAUCAGACACUUGAUGUUACUAGUAAGGAUCUUUAUAGCUCUGAUCACACUGUUGUUCCUGUUGAUUUCUCUGCUGACCCUUCUUCUCUUGAAUCUUCUGAUGGCAGGGGGAUUAUAAUUGUGAAGUUGAGGAGAGGUCAGGAGCUGAGGCUGAGAGCAAUUGCUAGGAAGGGGAUUGGUAAGGAUCAUGCCAAAUGGUCACCAGCAGCAACUGUUACUUUCAUGUAUGAACCAGAUAUUCAUAUAAAUGAGGAUUUGAUGGAGUCUUUGACACUUGAGGAGAAAAGAGAGUGGGUUGAUAGUAGUCCUACUCGUGUGUUUGAUAUUGAUCCCGUCACACAACAGGUGAUGGUGGUGGACCCUGAGGCAUACAGUUAUGAUGACGAGGUGAUUAAGAAAGCGGAAGCUAUGGGAAAGCCUGGACUAGUUGAAAUCACUGCAAAGCAGGAUAGCUUCAUAUUCACAGUUGAAUCUACUGGAGCAGUUAAAGCUUCUCAAUUAUUGUUAAAUGCCAUUGAAAUUCUCAAGCAGAAGCUAGAUGCAGUCCGGCUAUCUGAAGAUACAGUGGAGGCUGAUGAUCAAUUUGGUGAGCUAGGUGCACAUAUGCGAGGAGGAUGAUUUAGAAGGAUUUCAGACAUGUUUUUAUGGACUUGUUUGUUGCAAGUCAUUUUUAACUGAACAGCUGGAAUAUGUGCUCUACCUCUUUGAACCAAUGAUGCUAACUGUUAUUAGUAACUCUUGAAGAUAAACUCAGGUUUAUGGCUUGCUAGAAACAGUGAUUAGCAUUUUUUGAAUUUUUUUGAUUAUGUGCGCACACUCAGUCACAGGGAUGAGAUUACAUGAUUUAUUAUAAUCUCCCAAAGAACAUAGGAAUCCGAUUUAUUAAACUAAUUUGAAGCUUUGGGUUAUUAAAGUCAAUAGUUGAACCAA